AAAACAGGAAAUAUAAUUUCAGUAAUUGAUCUCCAAUUUUUCUCUCUCACACUCUCUCUAUUUGGAAACAAAAGAGAGAAGAAGUGUUUGUCCCUGAGAGAAGUUGGAUUAACCAAUUUCCCAGUUGACUUAAGAGCCUUCCUAUCAUCUCUCAUUUGCUCUGCACGUUAUACAAGUUUUCUUUAUCAAUUUUCCUCCCCUUUUAAAAAAAAUCAAAAUAAACAAAAUUAAUAGUAUUAAUCUUGAUUCUGAAAUCUUGAAUGCUCUUGUUCUUCUUCCCCCUCCUGCAAUAUUUUAAUCAUAUCUAUUAUUACAUUAUUAUCAUUCAACAAUUUCUUGCGUCAUCAAAUAUUAUUUCUGGUUUUUCAAUUGUCAAAACCAAGAAAGUUGACCUGGUACAAUCAUUAUUUUAUUUCUUAUUGUUGUCUUUUUCUUCAAUUUUGUAUAAAACUUGUCAUUACUCGUUAGAAAUGGCAAUUGGGGCAUGUUUUGGCGUGGCUCCUUUCUUUUCUCGCAGGAAGCAUAGUACAAUAUUUGAGGAAGAGGACAUGAAAGAGACAAAGAAAAGACCUGUUCUUGAAAAAAAUAAAACACCUGCUAUCGCAAUAUCAAAAAGUUUUAAAUCAACAAAAGGUUCCACAGUGCGCAAUUCAUGUAGAGUAGCAGGAAACUUCAUAAUAAUGACUGAGCUUCGGAACAAGAUCCUCACCUUGAGAGACUUGCUUGACUUGUCUCCUUGUAUUGGCUCUGCAUCUGUAAAUGAGCUACUGAUUUUGACGCUGAAAGAUCUGCAACAAUUGUAUCCUUCAAUCAAUCCAUCUAUUUCUUUGUCAAAAAUUGAUGGAGCAUCGAUGCAUCAGGCACUGCAAUGCUUUUUUGAUACUAUCAUAUCAAUUGGGGAAAUGUGGACAGGCAAUGAUGAGUGGAUGGUCAAAUGCAAGGAGGAUUCAUUCAGUAAACUAGACAAUUUAGAAUACUAUGGAGUGUUAUUGCUCGAAGACAUGAUUAAGCUAGCGAGUGAAAGGAUGUUCGAUAUGAUGGAUGAUGAUGAGGAUGACGAUGACCGGAUAAGAGAUGAAUGUCCAUCAUUCAACACAUUUGGAAGGGUUCUUUCUGAAUCUUACUCGAGCGCCAAAUCCUCCCUCUCGAGCACUCCAGUCACCCCAACUUCAGUUCUUCCUGGGUUAAUGAGCAAUGCUUCAAAGAAGAAUACAAAGGCAUCAUACUCUCCACCUCUUCUUCUGCCACUCAGGGUUCAAGCAGUUGGCAAGCUGAAUCCUAUUGAUGUAAAGCGCCUCUCUUUCCACAUGUUCCCUCAUGUAGCAGCUCAAGAUCCAAAUUUUGUGGGUCAGAUAACAAGCACAGAAGCAAAGAAAGAUUCUGAAGUGAAAGCCAAAGAUGAUCAUGAAUUUGGGCAAGAUUGUGAAAUGACAGACAUGCUGGAUAUUCUACUGACUAGUAUGGAUGAUGAAUCAGAAAAUAAAGGAACAUAUAAAACUGGUGCUAAAAAUACACCAGUGUCAGGACAUGUUACCUUGGAUGUGCUUUUACCUCCUUCAUCGCUUCCUUCAUCGCGAGCAGAGCCACAAUCACCGCUCACUUUAUCAUUGAAGGUCAUAGACUCACAAAAAACAGCAUCUCCUCUGCAGAUUUCUUUGCACUCAGUAGAUAAGGAUAUAUCAACACCAUCAUCACCAUUGGCCCAGUCACAGCCCCUACAAUUAUCAACGAACCAGUCAUCUACUUUUGCACCAGCCGUGCCACAACCACCACCUCCACCGCCGCCACCACCAGUACCCACUUCAUCGGUGAAUGCAGAAGGGUCACAGACUGCACCAUUGUUAGCACAACUAAGUGGUGCUCCACUGCCUCCUCCUCCUCCCAUGACAUCAAUUAAUGUAGCGACACCACAACCGCCUAUGAAAACAUUAUCUGCACACCCACCACCACCACCACCACCUCCCAUGAUAAGAAAAGAAAUAACACUUCCACCUCCACCACCACCACCUCCCAUGAUAAGAAAAGAAAUAACACAUCCACCUCCACCACCACCACCUCCCAUGACAUCAGGAAAUGGAGCGGCACCUCCACCACCUCCACCUCCCAUGGGAUCAAAGGUUAUUGCACCUCCACCACCCCCACCUCCCAUGGGAUCAAAGGUUACGGCACCUGCACCCCCACCUCCACCAGUGACUUCAAAUGGAAGAAUGCCAGCACCACCUCCACCCAUGCCAAUGGGAAAAGGAGCUGCACCUCCACCACCACCAGGGUUUGCAGGUGUCAGGAACCUAGGACCUAGGAAAGCAGCCACUAAAUUGAAGAGAUCAUCCCAAAUGGGAAAUCUUUAUCGGCUUCUCAAGGGUAAAGUUGAAGGAUCUAGUUUAGAUGGUAAAGCAAAGGGGAGAAAGGGAAAAGUUGGUGGUGCUGCACCCACAGGAGGCAAACAGGGAAUGGCUGAUGCAUUAGCAGAGAUGACAAAGAGGUCAGCAUACCACCAACAAAUUGAAGAGGAUGUUAGAGUACAUGCAAAAACAAUCAAGGAGAUGAAAACAGCCAUUGCCUCUUUCCAAACAUCAGAUAUGUCUGAGCUUAUUAAGUUCCACAAAACUGUAGAAUCCCACCUAGAGAAACUAACGGAUGAAUCUCAGGUGCUAGCAAGGUUCGAAGAUUUUCCUACAAAGAAGUUGGAAGCAUUGAGGAUGGCAGCAGCACUUCAUACCAAGUUAGAUUCAAUAGCCAAAACUCUACAGAAUUGGCCAAUAGUCCCACCUGUUGGACAACUUCUUGAAAAAGCUGAGAAUUACUUCAACAAGAUCAAAGGAGAAAUGGACACACUGGAACGAACAAAAGAUGAAGAAUCCAAGAAAUUUAUAAGCCAUAAAAUCCACUUUGAUUUUGGCAUCCUUGUGCGUAUCAAAGAAUUGAUGGUGGAUGUUUCCUCAAACUGUAUGGAACUGACUUUGAAGGAGAGGAGAGAAAUAAAGCAAAAGGAAAAUGAAGGAGCUGGACCGAAAAUUGAUGGUCACAAAAAGGGAUCAGCUAAACUUCUUUGGAAGGCCUUCCAAUUUGCAUUCAGAGUCUAUACUUUUGCUGGUGGCCAAGAUGAUCGUGCUGACAUGUUGACAAGGGAAUUGGCUCAAGAAAUCGAGACAGAUCCUAAUCCAGAGGCAUAAAGUUUAUACUCAUUUCUCCAAAACAAAAAACCCAAAAAAAAAAAUGAUCACUAUAGGUGGCAAUAUAAAAUGCAUUGGUGCUCAUAAACACUUUUGAGAGGUUUGAGCAAUUAGCAUAAUGAAGCUUUCCCUGGCAGGUGUUUUGUAGAUGCUUCUUGAUCUGUGGUUACAUGCAUAUUCUAGGAGAGAAUUGCUAGACAAUAUAUCCUUCUUUGUUUAGAAGACGGAGAGAAGUGAGCUAAAUUCUAGCUUUGCUCUACCACCUGCAAUACAUACGAUCUAUUACACCUUUGUGACUGGUUUUGUAGCAUGUACAUAACCCCGGAUCUUCUUUACUUUCAGAAUUAAAAGAGUAUACAUGUGAAUGAUUGCCUUGUUUAUGCAUUUUGUAUGUUAUUUUGUGUAGUCACAGUUGCCUUGUUUCUGCA